CCGGGCCGGGCCGGGGCGGGGCGGGGCGGGGCGGUGGCUGCUCCGCCCGCGGGGGCUGCGCGGGGUACGUGAGCUGCGCUCCAGAGCUCGGAGCGACCGACCGCGAGCAUGGGGCUCGCCCUGCUGCUGGGGCUGCUCCUCACCCGAGCCGGAGACCUCCUGGCUCUGCCAAGGAGUGACUGCGUGGCAGCAGCACAGCUGUGCCUCUCGGACUCCACCUGCAAUGCCACAUACAGGACCCUGGAACACUGUGCCCUUGCUAAGACUCGCUUCCUUCCCCUGGACCACGAGAGCAGGGUCCGAUGUCUGAACGCAGAGCUAGGCCUGGCAAACAGCUCUUUGCUACACUGCAAGUGUCACCGGCGCAUGAAGAGACAGGAGCACUGCUUACGCAUUUUCUGGACCGUUCACUCCAGCAUGACAGAUGGUUAUUUCCAUUUGGAGACCUCUCCCUAUGAGAAUCCAGCAAACGAAGAGCACUGGCAAACAGAUUAUAAUAAACUGGCGGCUCUGUUAUCAGGCUCACAGUUAUCAGGAGAUGCAACAAAUCCAUGCCUGAAAGCAACUCAUGUCUGCAAUCUGAGCAAGAAGUGUGUUCGGCUGCGCACAGACUAUGCCUCUACCUGCACCAAGGGAGCGGGAAGCGAGGACGUGUGUGACCGUCGCAAAUGCCACAAAGGGCUAAGGAAUUUCUUUGAGAAAGUCCCUGAGGAUUUCACCAAAAGGAUCCUAUUCUGUCCAUGUAAAGAUGAACUCUGUGGAGAACGACGCCGGAAGACUAUAGUUCCCGAUUGUUCCUUCCAGUACAGCACCAAACCAAAUUGCCUCUGGCUUCUGGACUCCUGCUUAGAAGACCAUAUCUGCAAAUCCCGACUGGCUGACUUCCAACAAAACUGUCAACCUGCAGACAUGUCUCCAGAUGGUUGUUCUCAGCACAACCGUGCUGUGUGCCUGCAGGCUUACAUGGGCAUGAUUGGCACGCCCAUGACACCCAACUACAUCAGUAACUCCAGCGUGGAGGUGUCCCUGUGGUGUACGUGCGAGAGCAGCGGGAACCAGAAGGAGAAGUGUGACCAGAUACUCGGCAUGUUUGAGAGCAACAAAUGCCUUGAAAAUACCAUUUGGUCUCAAAUGCACCUGAAGCAGACAGCUCCAGAAAGACAAGAGGACUUGUUUUAUUCAUCCUCCCUAAGCUUCCAAGGAGACAGUGCCAGCACAUCUCUUGCUUCAGAAAUGUCCCAGGUGGCUGAGGGGAAGACACAGCGAGACAUCUCCAAACACAGCAGUUUGCCUAUGGCCUCCUCUGUAUAUUCUGGAGCUGCUAUUUCUUGGCCGUCUCUGGCACUGUUGCUGCCCUUGUUGCUGAGCCCACGUUAACUUUGCAUAAAUGGCAUCUUUCUUUCCCAUAUUAUUAAUCUUAUUCUAUAUCCAGGCACCUUCCACUACUGAUUUAUCUUUGGGAAACAGGCGGCUUCCAGAAAAGAGGAAUGGAACAGCCUUAACCCAGAACAGCAGCCACUGGAAACCUCCCCCGUCUUGCACCCCACUCUACCCCAGUCAGUUUAUGCCGAGCUCCGCUGGUCUGCUGGGCAGCCGUUGCUUCCACCGUGUCAGCGUUUUCAGUAGCAGUCAGACUAAUAUUCCAGGACAAUUUAGAACAGAGGUCUGAGUUCUGACAGAACUUGUGCAGGGUUUGGUUUCUGACUCCAGGGAGGGACCUGACAGCGUGUCCUACCACCACCGCUUCUGGAGCUAUUCCUCAGGCAUACAGCCACAGAAUAACUGGGGUUGGAAGGGACCUGUAAAAAUCAUCUAGUGCAACCUCUCUGCCACGGACAGGGACAUCUUUAACCAGACGAGGUUGCUCAAAGCCUCAUCCAACCUGACCUUGAACACUUCCAGGGUGGGGGCAUCCACAAAUUCUAUAAGCAACUUGUUCCAGUGUCUCACCACUUCCAUGAUAAAACAUUUCUUCCUUAUGUCUAAUCUAAACCUACAGUUUUUCAGUUUAAACCUGUUGCCCCUUGUCCUGUCACUACAGGCCUUAGUAAAAAGGCUUUCUUACCCCCUUCAUAUGUGGAAAAGCCACAGUGGGGUCUCCCCAGAGCUUCUCUCCAGGCUGAAGUUCAACAGGCCUUGUUGAACUUGAUGAGGUUUGUGUGGGUCUGUCAAGGCACAGAACACAGCAUACCACCCUGAAGACUAGAAGGCCAUGUUCCAGGGUGGGUUGCAAGUAAAGCUCAAUAAACAUGCACAUAAAGUCCCUGGUAAACACCAGUUCUGGAUUACUUUCAGUUCCCUUGUCAAAUUCAUUCAAGUAUAUGAAAAAUCCCGUCCCAGAUCAAGGACACCAUACUCCAGUUUAUAUGCUCGCUCUUUUCUGUUUUGCCCCUUGCAACAGAUAUAUAUAUCAUCCAUUAUGACAGCUAGCAACAGAGUUAGGCUUUGUGGUUAAAGAUGGAUUUCUGUGCUCAACUCCAGUAAACUUAGUCUUAUCUAGCAAAGGAUGACUGUGCCUGGCUCCAGGACAAACCUUCUCAGUAAUGCUGAGAGGAUGCACAUAGCUCUUUGAAGCUGUAUUUACCACAAAACCCCUGGGACAUUCAGUUGCAAAAGAUCUCUGGGAGCUGCAACUACCUUGUACCUCUUGACGUACUCAAGCUGUCAUUGUCCCCUUCCACACUGCCUGCCCACCCUCCUCCCUCCUCUGCAAGUUCUAUUUCAUGACCUGUUUAUUCUGUGUGUAAAUGUGUGCACUGUGUAACUGCUGUUAUUUGGUACUGCAUUUGCCUGUUAAAAAGUGAUGUUAAGUGAAUAUUGAUUUCUGAGCAUAGGUUAAUAGUCCACAAUCAAUUGUGUUCAAGACUUGCCUCAUCAGCCAGCCUACGCUUUCAGGAUAGCUAGAAACUCAGCCUAACGCAGCUCUUGCUGGACUUGCCCCUUGCUCAUCCUAUAAGCUACAACAGAUCUCAACAAUACUACACACAGCCUAACACUAUUACAAUCCUGAGUAGAUGCAGAACAAGUGGAUAUUUUCUUUACGCUGUGCUUUAUCUGUUGCCAGGAAAGCACCAGCUCGGUAGAAUGAUGUGGUUCCCAGUCGCUGUCAGACACCUUCGUGUGACAGAACCUCACGCUGCCGCGUGUCAGAGUAGCUGUCCUGCAGUGCUAACAUGUCCGUUUCAAAUUCCAGCCUUCUCUCCACUUCCCAGGCAGGUAGGGCAAGGAAAGCACUGCCUGAGACAGAACCACCUCCUUUCAUACAGAGAAGCAACACCUUAUUUCCAUGCAGUAUGAACAAAUACCAUGUUGCCUCAAUUAAGAGGAGUACAAAUGCUGGUAUUUCAAAUUACCUACUGAAAUGCAGCUAUCUGGAUCAAGAGACAGCACUGUUUCCAUGUUUGCUACUAUUCUUUAAUGAAAACAGAGUCCAUGUUACCAUAUUCUAAUAUCUACAUUGGACCAUCCUCCAUAUGGUGGGACCAGAAACCUGUCAAGACUCUUGACCGUAGGGUAAUAGCACCUGUUAUCUGCAGAACUCAGUAGAGAGUGACAGGGAAAAAGAAAAUCUUGUUCUUUCCAAUAUUCCACAAAUCAGUGAGGAUAUUUGGGAGAAGCGUGGACUAGAUUUCCCUGAGCAGCCUGUACCCCACACACGGUGUACUGCAUUCAUCUUCCACUCAUCUGCACCAUCAUCUUCCUUCCUUCCCCACUUCAGUGUUUUAAAACAGGUUGAUGUGGAAAAAGGUGUCAGCGUUUUGUUGUUCAUAUUCACAGCACUGUGGACCUUUGGCCCCUUAUCCCUACUAAGAAGGUUAUUGAUUGCAAUUGCAGCCUCCUGUCAUGUUCUGGAUUACACAGGAAAAUGCUUGACAUUCAGAGAAAUCCUGCUCUAGACUGAAAAUAAAGCAAAACAUGUAAGUUUGGGUUUUUCUCCCGAUGUCCUAUGUCCCUUUCACGUGUACAUAAGUACCUUUAUAUACACACUGCCUCUUAGGCUUGUUCAUCAAUAACUGCAAACAAAAUUCACCUCUUCAUCUGCAUUCACAGGUACUCGCACUGCUAUGAGUACAAACCCAUUUUUACAUUGGCUUUUGUAACACCCGGUCUGCAAAUAUCAGUUUUUCAACGACACAGCAUACAUGCAUGCACAGGUGUAACUACUACCAAGGAAUGUCAUGCUGCUAUCAGUACCAGUUCAGUUCUUUCAGUAUCACUGAUGUUCGAAGACUGGCCAAGCUACCCAAACGCUUUCAGAGCAGUUCUUACUAACCAUACUGCAGGGCAAUUUACAGAAACCCCUCAGCUUCUGUUCCUCAGAAACUGGAAUACAAAAUCCUGUGAGUACCUUUGGUCUAAACAAAAAAUAAUCUAACAAAAAUUCUCUACCCUGACAGUCUUAACAUUGAGCUCUCAGCAAGCAUAUAAAAUGAGGGAACCUUGUAAUUCUUGUAAUGUAGAGUAUUUUUUAAAAUGUAAAAUAAUGCCAAAUCUCGCUAAUAAAAUUUAUCUUGCAACUCUA